AUGAAAAAUGAUGAAGGUUUUUUUGCUAAUGAAUUGGAAUACACCAAAAUUAUACCAAAAAAUUAUACACCAAAAUUUAAGAUAGUAUUUUAUGAACGUUUUACACGGCAUUCGUUAAUAGAUAAUAAUAAUAUGCCUUUAUAUGCAUUUGUUUAUUGCACAUUUGAUUGUUAUAGUCUGCAGCUAAAAACCGAACGAGGAAUGUUACCACCUGGUCAAUGGGAACUACCUUUUAUUGCAUACCAGAAUAUUCAUUUCAUAUCUACACAGUUGGAUUCAACACAAAUUGCAAGCCUUUUAUUGGACUCAAACAUGGUAAAUGGUGACUGGAAUAUAAGAGUUAUAGGAAAUUCUGGUGUUGAUAAUGAUGAAUUUCCACCACGAAAAGCAGUUUGGUGUAAUGCUUGGAGCAAAAAUAUGGUUUGGUUUAUUAUCUGUCAGAAAAAUGUUAAUGAACAACAACAACUAAUUUCGGUGAAUAUUGAAGCACCUUAUGAUGCAAAAAAUUUCUCUCUUCGAAUCGAUGAUAAUUUAAAUGCUCUUUUACAUUGUGAUUGGAAUGAUAAAAGUGCUGUUUUCUUUAAAUUCACAAAGAAUUUAUUGAUUUUAAAAGAUACAAUCGAUGGAAUCGAAAAUGAGGAACAAAAUGAAAUCGUAGCAUCCGAUGAAAAUGAACUUUAUAUUGCAGCUGUUUCAUCGAAUGAAUGCAUCUCACGAAUUUUAGCUGGAAGUACUAUAAUAAAGUGUUUCGCAUGUCGAAAAGCAACUACUAUACCACCAUGGGGAUUGCCAAUUAAUUUUGGUCUAAGAGUUAAUUCGUCAUCAAUUUCAGAUGCUAUAGAUAGUUUGGAAAAUGCACGACGAUUAAGCAUUUCAAAUAUAAGACAGCGUUGUAAAAUUGCUAAAGAUGUAAGCAAAAAUUGUGAGCAACAUGCGAAUGAAAUUCUGAAAAAUUUCGAACAGACAAUCAUUGAACGCAUUGCAACCGUUUUAAUAGCGGUACCAUUAGCGAAAAAAAUUCAAAUUGAACUUUGGAAAGCUUGUGAUGCUGUUUCGAAAUCCGAAAAACAAAUUACGAAAGCAGCGGAUCAAGUAAUAACUGAUUUAGAAAAGAAAAUUAAUGAAAUCGCCAUCGACGAACAAUUAAAAGUAAAAUUUUGA